AUGCCGGAACCUACAAUCGACUGGAGAGGAAAUACAUUUCAUAACUUUGGGACUGUUUUCGACAUCGUCCAGAGUGUUGUCAUUUGCUUCUUAUAUCUGUCAUCUUUAACAGCGGUGAUAAGUGCCAUUCGAACGCGAUGCAAAAAUCGCUCUCUGAUUAUCAUAUUAGCCGUUACGGGCAUAUUGAUACAAACGAUUUAUCUACUAGCUCCUUACCGGGUUGGAUUACUAAACUCCAAUAAAUGGAAAAACAUUUUUGCAGAAAAUGAUUCUGAUAUGCCGACGGAUAGUCUUACUGCUGCAAACACCGAUGCUUUGAGAUUACCUAGACAUAAGUAUGAACCAUCGGACAUUCAAUUGUAUGGGAAUGUGAUUGUCUACAUGACACAGGAAGGGGAAAUUACCAACACAAAAUACCCAAACAUGAUGGACAAAUCAUUACUGGAGGAGAAAAUGGAUAAUGAACAAUAUGCUGUGACAAAACAAGCCAAGUCAUGGAGUGAGAUUCGAAGCGACGAUGGAUUUAGAUGUGCCGACCUCAGAUUGCCGACCCUUUUUCUUUAUAGCUUGAUUUUCAUAUGCCUAUCGUUAGCCUGUGUCAGACAAAACAAGGCAGUGAAUCUUAAGCCUAUGGUCAAAUUUUGUAUGUUGAUAUAUGUCGCUACCUUGACGUCAACACUCACUUUCCUGUACACAUUAAUGCCAUCUGACAAUACUGAUAUAUUUACAAUGCGAAAACCCUUGGACAACUUGAUGCUGAGUAUCUGCUCACAAAACGUCCGGAAUAUGUUCCCGACUUUCAUCUUCGAGACAUUUGGUCUCUAUUUGCCUACUGUUGGAGUGUUACUGGUGGCUCUGUACUGGAAAACAGGGAAUACAAAGGAGAAAGGAGAUAGACGAUGUCAUGUCUUUCAGGAAUGCCGAACAGUACACGGUGAAGAUUGUAUGGCAUGCAGUGGAGCAAACAAUGUCGUCGGACAUAUUCUUUUGUGUUACGUUGGUUUCCUUUUCAUUGUUCGUCCGAUACAUUACACAUACACGUAUGUAACACACGACAAGUUUUACGACGUAUGGAUUAUCAUAUGUGUGAUGAUAAUGUGUGCUGGCGUUUCUGUGAACAGUGUUUUCAAUGUAGUUUCAAGUAAAUUUAACAAUGAAAACGCUGUCAGUGUUGACGAGCACACGUCACUUAGCAAAGAGCAAAACAUUACAUAA